AUGCUGCUUUCGCAAGGAAGUUUGCUGAAGGAGGACUCCAUGCGGGGUGUGUUUCCAGAAAAGGCAGCUGUGAAGUACAGCUUUCCACUGCCGGAGGGCUCUCCUUUGUGGCUUCGGCGCAGCUUCAGGUGGUUUCAGGGUGCGAUGGGGGAAGACCACAAGACCGGCAUUAUCUAUGGGAUGGUGAAUUGGAUCGUGUGCGUGCCGUCUUUGGUGUCCUAUGCGCACAUUGUCUUCCCGCAGCCAGUUUUUCGACCUUUCCUGCCCAUGGUCGUCAAGGCCUAUUUCUUAAGUUCUGCCGUGAUGCAAGUUGUGAUGACGUUCUUAUCCGACGUGGAGUUUUCCAUUGGACAAAUACAGGAUGUGGGCUUGAUUUUCCUGGCAGGAAUGGUUCGGACGAUUGUGAAAUGGGGCAUGAAUGAGGAGGACCCACUAACGGCAGAAGAGUUGAUCGCCACCAGUGUUUACCAGUGUGCAGGCAGCACUUUAGUGGUGGGGCUUGCUUUGAUUAUCAUUGGUCGCUUGCAGCUCAUUCAGUAUGUUCAGAUGCUUCCUUUGCCGGUCAUCGGAGGCUAUUUAGGCUACAUUGGCUACUUUUGCUUUGCCGCAGGGCUUGGAAUCGGGUCAGGCCGUGAAGUGAACGACCCCAGCUCCUUGCUUCAGCUGUUCGAUGCAGAACUUGCCCUGAAGAUGAGCUUGUUGAUGGUCAUGGCGUUGAUCAUGAUCUUUGUUCACUUCAAGGUGAAGCACUUCUUGGCGAUGCCGGUGACCUUGGUGUUGCUGCCUGUCGCCUUCUUCCUUUGUGCCGCUAUUGUGGGUGUCUCGCUCGAGGAUUGCCGGGCAAAGGGCUUAGUGCCUUACCCUCGUGGCAGCUCGAGCAUGGAGGAGAUGUGGGCGAUCAUCAACUAUGAGGACGUGCAGGUGAACUAUUUGUAUGGGCAAUUUGCAAAUGUCGUAGGUUUGAUCAUCAUCGUCACGUUUGGUUCCUCUUUAGACAUCACUGCCAUCCAAGCUGAGCUUCCAGCUCGCAAGCUGGACUACAGCAAGGAGCUUACAGCCAUCGGCUGGGGGAACCUUUGCAGUGGCUGCGUCUUCGGGGCCACAGGAUCCUACAUCUUUUCCCAGACCAUUUUCAGUGCCAAGCGUUCAGUGAAGAGUCGCUUCAAUGGCAUUGUGGUGGCCUUGGGGGAGUUCUUGCUCUUCGCUUUGCCGGUGGAUAUCUUGAAAGUGCUCCCCAACGCCUAUGUAGGUGGCAUCAUGUGCCUCUUUGGUGUUGACAUUAUGAAUGACUGGCUGGUGGAAUCCCGAAAGCUGAUGUCUCGCACCGAAUAUCUCCUUGUUUGGAUCUCCUUCGGCUGUACCAUGUGGCUGACUUCAGUCCAGACCUUUGGUGUGAUCGAGGGCAUGGCCUUGGGGACAGCCGUGGCAGGCCUUUUUUUUUGUGUACCAGUUUGCCAAGGUCCAAGACAAGUGGCAUGA